UCCGCCAGCCAAAAUGCCAACCAGGCAGAAAACGCUGAUGUAUGGAGGUGCUUUUUUGACCAGCGUUGCGUCCUUUGUCAUCAUUUGUGUCGUUCUGGGAACGCAGGAGUGGAUGGACAGCGAUGUCAGCUUCCCUGGAGGGAACUCCACCACCACCGUCAGCCUCACGUACGGGCUCUUUCAAGGGACCUGUGCUCAGGCCAUCGACGCCGGGCUGCAGUUCUCGGAAAACAGUUUCCAAGUUGCAGAAAGACUGAAAAGCAACGGAACAAAAAGUAUCAACACAGCGAUCAUCGUGCUUCUGAUUCUCAGCAUGCUGAGCUCCCUCCUGAGCUCCGGCUUUACGUGCACCAACACUGUGAGCAACCCCUACCAGACAUUCCUGGGACCCACUGGAGUCUACACCUGGAACACCAUAGGUGGAAUCCUCACGGUUUUGGUCAUGAUACUUUUUGCCGUGAACGUAGAACGCAACGACAUGUCUGUGGAGUUGGCCAUCAAAUGUAUUUCUCCGUCACUGUCACCUACCAGAUCUGAACACAGGUAUGAGUACUCCUAUUGGAUCCUGCUGCUUAGCAUCGUUUUCAACAUUGUUACUGUUAUCAUCAUCUAUUUCUAUGACCAUGCAAGAUAUUCCAAGAAGAAAGAGCAGGAAAGGCCAAUUGAAAAUGCAUCGAAAGACGUCAUUCUGUUUUAAGGAUAUCACUGGAAAGAGGGUCUAAAACAAAAUGACUUUUUAAUAUGGACAAUCAUGGCCGAUCUUUUGUGCUUAGAUUGAAGUUAUGUGUACAGCUCAAUGAACAAAAUAUCCUGUUGCUUCUUCAAAGCAGAUUGAUUUUACUUUUACGAUGAAAGAUGGUAGGAUAACAUCUAGAAGCUUCCAUUGGGAACGUGCUGCCUGAGCGCCUCUGAGCAGAAGCGCCCAGCACCAGCACCAGCACCUGCCUGCAGGAUGGACUUCAGCCACUGCAGGGCUGCUUGUAGCCAGAGGGAUCAGCACAAAUUCUCCCCUAAAAGGGAAGGGGCACGAAGAGCCACCAGCCCCACAAGCCCAAGGGGCUGUUACAGCCAUGGUUCAGGCUUGGAGAGCCAUAGCACAAAGGACUUGGGGUCAACUCACUCCUCCAUACCCCACUGAUGCCCUUCUGAGUGCCCCACGGAGCUCCCACCUCCUGGACCUGCUGGACCACAGGGCAGAGCUGCCUUGGCUGUCCUGGGUGUGCAUUACUGUGAAAGCAUCGCUGCCUGUUGAGUGCGGAUGAUGGGAAGAUUGAAGGCCUUGCAUCCAUCAUUGAAUGCAGUCUGGGAUCUAAAGGCCAGGACAGUACCAAUGCCAGGAGUGCUAGAGAUAAGAAGUGGUCACAACAGUGCCAGUGCUUCAUUCCAUCCUGCAAUGUUACUGUUCUACAUCCCUGCCUAGCUAGCCCUCCUGCACUGAUCCAUGUCCAGCUCACAUGCAUGGCUGGGAAGGCUCAGCGCUGCAGCAGCAAAGCAACAGCCAAUGCAAGGCAGCAGAGCAGCUCCACAUCUACCUUUUUAAUUUGUAGAUACUGUCCCUGUGCAGGGACACAGGGAGCACGGUGCUCUGCAGAAUGCUCUCUGUGCACACACUCCCGGAGAUGAGCACCGUGCAGAGCAGCCAGCGCCUUCUGCUCCUUUGCUCCUACCUCUGCAGCUACAAGAGCAAGGUUUUAUUCCAUGAUUUUCCUUUGCAAUAGGACCGUCACAGCCAUACUUUGACAUCUGCCCUAUGAUGCAAGAGAUGCUCACAGAUGGAAGGAAGGCAUCUCUAGGAGAUGCGAUGCAAGAGGUGACUUCUCACUAUUUAUGUCAAAAAAUAAA